AUGGAAGUGUGUGUUGAUAAUCUUGAAUCUGCUCUAGCUGCUUAUGAUGGUGGUGCAAUUCGUAUUGAAUUGUGCAGCGAUUUGAAUGCGGGUGGUUUAACACCAUCUAUCGGACUUUUAAAUGAAAUUCGAAAGCGUCUACCUAAAUUUAUUAUUUAUGUUAUGAUUCGAUGUCGUUCGGGCGAUUUCAUUUACGAUGAUUAUGAUCUAUGUGUAAUGGAAGAAGAAAUUCAAUUAUUUUCAAAAUACAAUGUUGACGGUUAUGUGUUUGGUGCAUUAAAUCCAAAUGGAACUAUUCAUCUGGAAGCGUUAAAACGUCUGAUAAAACAUGUACCCAAUGAUAAAUCAAUGACAUAUCAUCGAGCAUUCGAUUUUGUGUCAAACUGGAAACAAGCAAUUGAUCAAUUAGUUGAACUUGGAUUUAAACGAAUAUUAACAAGUGGUUUAGAAAAAAAUGCCUAUUAUGGUAGAAAACUUAUUCGACAAAUGACUGAAUAUGCUAAUAAACGCAUUCUAAUCAUGCCUGGUUGUGGAAUUGAUAUUGGAAAUUUAGAAACAAUCUUAACUGAAACAGGUGUGACAGAAUUUCAUGCCUCAGCACGUAUUAAAAGGUUAUCAACGAUGAUUUAUAAAAAUCCUAAUGUAAACAUUGAUAAUGACUUUGAUGGUGUACAUGUGACAGACAAAGAAAAGGUUAAAAUGAUGGUUACCAUCUACAAUAAAGUUACCAAACGUUUGUAA